UUGUCUGCUUUGUGACAGGAAAGGGGCAUUUUCCUUUUCUCUCGGAGGAAGGAGCACUGUGAGGUCUCCUCGCCUCUCUCUCCUUGCAUUGCUUCAGCUCAGUGUGGUUCAGGCCCAUGGAGCCUGCCAACUGCUCGACUGCCAGCGCUGUGGUGGACAUAGCCGUGGGCACCAUGCUGACACUGGAGUGUGUGCUGGGCCUGAUGGGCAAUGCUGUGGCCCUCUGGACCUUCUUUUACCGUCUCAAAGUGUGGAAGCCUUAUGCUGUCUACCUGUUCAACCUGGUGGUGGCUGACCUGCUGUUGGCCACCAGUUUGCCCUUCUUUGCUGCCUUCUAUCUGAAGGGCAAGACCUGGAAACUUGGCCAUGUGCCCUGCCAAGUCCUGCUCUUCCUGCUGGCAUUCAGCCGUGGUGUGGGAGUAGCCUUCCUGACGACAGUGGCUCUAGACCGGUAUCUGCGUGUGGUCCAUCCUCGGCUCAGAGUUAACUUGCUGUCUCUGAGGGCAGCUUGGGGCAUCUCCAACCUCAUCUGGCUUCUGAUGGCUGCUCUCACUCCCCAAAACCUGCUCGCUUGCAAGACUACCCAGAAUUCCACAGAGUGCCCCAGCUUCUACCCAGUAGGAGAGACCAAGGCCAUUGCCACCUACCAGGAGGUACUCUUCUUCCUUCAGGUCCUGCUCCCCUUUGGCCUCAUCUCCUUCUGCAACAGUGGGCUUAUCAGGACCCUCCAGAAGAGACUCCGAGAGUCUGACAGGCAGCCCAGGAUCCGGAGGACCAGGGUGCUGGUUGCCAUGGUGCUUCUGCUGUUUGGAUUGUGCUUCCUGCCUAGUGUCGUGACCAGGGUUCUGGUGCACAUCUUUCGGGAAUUUAAGAGCUGCAGUGUCCAGCAAGCCAUAGGGCAGGUCUCUGACAUUGCUGGCAGCCUCACCUGCCUGCACAGUGCAUUGAGUCCAGCCGUCUACUGCUUCUCCAACCCGGCAUUCACCCACUCAUACCGGAAGGUGUUCAAAAGCCUUCGAGGCAGGAGGAAGGCAGCAGAGUCACCUAGCUCCAACCUCAGGGACUCCUAUUCCUGAUGACUGUUGAAAUCCUCAGUUCCUUUUGGUCUGGGAACCACCUUGGAUCUAAGUAACAACCUAAUAGUCUUAGGGUAAGAAGAAAGAAACUUCACUGCAAGGAUCUAGACACAGUCUGUCACUGUCGUGACAAGCUGGGUUCACUUGGAUUUCCCCCUGAUACUAUACAGGGCCCUGUAGUAUUUGAUUUGAAUCAAUAGGACUGAGCCUGCCUCCAGUGCCCAGUGGCCAUCCUGAUGGAGUUGCCACGUUGCGUUGAGCAUCUCUGCACAUCCACACAGGAAGAACCCAACUGGCUGCAUCAGCAGAGGAGAGCGGUGGUGCCGCUCCAGCACCAUCUGGUCUACCCAGUCACGCACACCUUCUACACUUCCAUUCUCCAGUGUGAAAACCACUCUCAUCUCGCCCUUCACAGAGCUCAGAACAAUGGAAGCCAGCAACCCCCCCACCCCCAUGUUCUGAAGAGGUCACAUUCUGUUUUUUAUGAAGUUCUCCUUUGUUUUUAUAGGCUGUACAGAAUGUCUCAGACAGUUCAAUGAGCUACCUCCCUCACUGUAAGAAAUAUCUGCUAAUUGCCUCAAAACUGACCUAGAAGUUCUUGCUUUA